UGGGCAAAAAUUGGCGUAUGAAUAACAGCGCGAUGGUCAUCGCUUGAUCCGUUUUCUAAUGGGAUUUUAAAGCAGAAUGGAUAUAACAGAAAUCUGGAAUGAAAAAGCCUGUAUUUGUUAUCUUAAACCUAUGUAACUUAGCCGUAUUUGUUUUACCAGGAGAAAUCUGAAAUCGUGUACAACAAAAUAAAAACAUGUUAGCGUCAAGCUAGCUAGUGCUAACCUCGGAGUCGGACUAGCAUGUGUGGAAUAAGAGACACGGGGACACAGUGAUGACAAAACCGAUGUAAGUUAAACCGACGGACUAUGAGCUCAUUUGAGUCUCAAAACAACUUAACUUCACGUAGGAAAAGUAUAUUUGUAUUUGAUCGACCGCUGGGAAACUUCAAAGCUGGCCCGUAAACACCAAGAGGCAAUGUCAUGUGAUGGAUGGUUAUGAGUAUUAGUAGCCAGACAGGAGAACCAUGGAACAGGUCGAGCAACCUACCUCAGAAAUGAAAUGUGACAGCCCAGUAGACGUUGCAGCAGCCAAGGAGCCCCUCAUGUUCACAGGAGUUACGAAGGGCCAAUCGUCUCCGCGGACAGACUUGAACCCUGUCCAGAUUCUUGAAGACACAACAAGUAUGGCCGUCCAGGAGGGUGAUUCUGCAUCCUCGGACUGUGAAGGGAUGUCAGACCUGCAGGAGCCGAGCUCAGCGUCGGGUGAGGAGGUGGAGGGCAGCGAGACGUCUGAUGCCACAGGAUUAGAAGUCUCACCCGGUAGCAAGGGAUCGUGGGGGGCCACUCUACAGAAUGGAGAUGGAACACCACAGGAGAGUCCUCAACAGAAUAGUGACACUUCUGUAACAGCUCAAAUGUUUCCAGAUCCAUUACAGAACCCCUCUCUCUCGCUGUCAGACCAGUUACGGCUGGGUCGGGAUGACCCCAGUACUUUGGGCCUGAACGUCGAGUGCCGCAUAUGUGGAGAUAAAGCCUCAGGAUUUCAUUAUGGAGUACAUGCUUGUGAAGGCUGCAAGGGUUUUUUCAGACGCACCAUUCGUAUGAAGCUGGAGUAUGAGCAGUGUGAGCGUGCCUGUAAAGUCCAGAAAAAGAGCCGAAACAAAUGCCAGUACUGUCGCUUCCAGAAGUGCCUGGCAUUGGGCAUGUCACAUGAUGCAAUCAGGUACGGACGUAUGCCAGAGGCGGAGAAGAAGAAGCUAGUGGCAGGGCUCAUCGCUGGGGAGAAACUGCAAAGCCCUAGUGGAGCUGACCUCAAAACACUGGCCAAGCAUGUCAACACAUCCUACCUGAGGAACCUCAACAUGACCAAGAAAAAAGCACGGAGCAUCCUCACGGGCAAGACGAGCUGCACAUCGCCUUUUGUGAUCCAUGAUAUGGACUCACUAUGGCAGGCAGAAAACGGGCUGGUCUGGAAUCAGCUUAAUGGAGCACCACCCAACAAAGAGAUUGGGGUCCAUGUCUUCUACCGCUGCCAGUGCACCACAGUUGAAAUUGUGCGAGAGCUCACAGAGUUUGCCAAAAACAUCCCUGGCUUUGUGGAUCUCUUCCUUAAUGAUCAGGUAACGCUGUUAAAAUAUGGAGUCCAUGAGGCCAUAUUUGCGAUGCUCCCAUCGCUCAUGAAUAAAGACGGGCUGCUGGUGGCCAAUGGGAAGGGCUUUGUGACGAGAGAAUUCCUGCGUAGUCUACGCAAACCUUUCAGCGAGAUCAUGGAGCCCAAAUUUGAGUUUGCAGUGAAAUUCAAUGCCCUGGAGCUGGAUGACAGUGACCUAGCUCUGUAUGUAGCGGCCAUCAUACUGUGCGGAGAUCGUCCUGGGCUGGUGAACGUGAAGCGGGUCGAACAGAUCCAGGAUGGCAUCUUGCAAGCUCUGGACCAACAUCUUCAGGUGCACCACUCUGACUCUCCUCAUCUCUUCCCCAAACUGCUGCAGAAGAUGGCUGACCUCAGACAGCUGGUCACAGAGAACGCCCAGCUGGUUCAGAUGAUCAAAAAGACUGAAUCUGAGACCUCCCUCCACCCACUUUUACAGGAGAUCUAUAAAGACAUGUACUGACAUGCAAGGACCUGACUGAAGAAUGGACUUCAGAGUUCCCUCCUGAACGGAGAGAGUGCACACAUCUGAAUGGCACCGUGGUGCCAUUGUUUUUUUUUUUUAUGAAUUUUUGUAAAGGGCUUUUACAAAUAUUGACUUUGAAUACUGACAUUUUUGACACUUUGAGUGUUUUUUAUUUAAACUCAAGGACACAGAACAUCUAGUCACCAUUUACUACUACUACUACUACGAUCAUGUUGUUAUUAAUUUGCUUGAUGAGGGCUAACACCUUUAGAAGUUGUCUUUUCCAUCAUGAUUUUGCUUUGCAAGUACAUUUAAGUGAUAUCUAGUAUGUUUCUCUGAGGAGAUCAGAGAACAGUCAAGCUCUUGAAAUGCCACUUACUGUGUUUGUGGGCUUUUAUUUUGUAGUUCUUCUUUCCUCCUGAUUCUGUUUGAUUAGGCACUUUUACUAAAGUAAAAUUUAGACUCCACACAAAACUGUACAGCAGGGAGUUUGGAAUUCUGUUACUUUGUCGAGGAUGUUGUUUUCAGUGUCAGCUGCUACAAAUAUAUAUUGGUAUUGAAACUGAAGAUAAAUCUGCUUAAUAAUUCACUUUAACUCUUUGGGAUAAUCCUACAACAGCGUGAUAAUUUCAGCUGUAUGGAUGGAAAUGUUUCUUCACUUUGUUCAUGAUAUACUUAUAUGAAAUUCUUAUGUGCUGAUCCCUUUGUUAAACACUGGUACCAUGAUGGUACUUGUAUUUUGGCACACCGUCCGGUACCAGUCUCAAGGUCAUAUUUACUGAUUUGAGAGACAACAUCAUUUAGAUUUUAUUGUCUCCUUGACAAGCAGUUGUAUUAAAUUAGGUCUUCCAUUAUAUGUUGAUUGAACAUGUUCUAUGAAUAUAUAUUGAGUGAUUGAAAGCAAGCAGGCUGUGGUUACAUUCAAUCUAGAACAUGGAUAGUACACAUAAACUUAAAUUCAUUCUUUAAAUCAGAUGCAUUAAUUAAUUACUUAACGAUCAUGCCAUGAUAGUUGUAUGUGCAUUGAAAAUGAAUGGAAUGCAUUUUGAGUAGAUACUUCUGUUGUCUUUUAUUGAAAUAACUUGGACCCUUCUGAGUUUAGAAUGGGUCUUGUCAAAAACAGUGCUGAAUAAUUUGGGAAAUCAGUGUAAAUGCGUUAAAAAGCGGUUUUGAUGUUGAAUUACAUUAAUUGGUAUUAAUAUGAUGUGCAACACAUCUACCAUUUCACAUCCAGAAGUAUCUCAGAAAUAUCUAUAAAAUAUAUAGAUAAAUAUAUAGAGUUUUUCCUCUUAUGGCUGAAAUUUGCUUUUCUGAUCUUUUUUUUUUUCAAGGUGGAACUUGAUGUCCGAGAUCUAUGAUCAUGUAGAAACCUGUUACUGUGAAACUAGAGAGCACAAUAAUAUGAAAUUAUAAGAAAUUGAUG